AUGCCUCGCCAAUUCUUCGUCGGUGGUAACUUCAAGAUGAACGGUGUUGCUGACAGCAUCACCUCCAUCAUCAAGAACCUCAACGACUCUAAGCUCGAUGAGACCGCUGAGGUCGUCAUCUCUCCCCCCGCCCUCUACCUCACUCUCGCCCGUGAGCUCGCCAACCCCAAGAUUGGUGUCUCCGCCCAGAAUGUCUUCGACAAGCCCAACGGUGCUUUCACCGGUGAGAUCAGCGUUGAGCAGCUCAAGGAUGCCAAGAUCAACUGGACUCUCACUGGACACAGUGAGCGCCGUGUCAUCCUCAAGGAGACCGACGAGUUCAUUGCCCGCAAGACCAAGUCUGCCAUUGACGGUGGCCUGAGUGUCAUCUUCUGCAUUGGCGAGACCCUCGAGGAGCGUGAGGCCAACAAGACCAUCGAGGUUGUCACCAGACAGCUCAACGCUGCCGCCAAGGAGCUCUCCAAGGAGCAGUGGGCUAAUGUUGUCAUCGCCUACGAGCCCGUCUGGGCUAUCGGAACCGGCAAGGUCGCUACCACUGAGCAGGCUCAGGACGUCCACGCCGAAAUCCGCAAGUGGCUCGCCGCCACCAUCUCCGCCGAGGCCGCUGACAACACAAGAGUCAUCUACGGUGGCUCCGUCAGCGAGAAGAACUGCCGUGAGCUCGCCAAGCAGAACGAUGUUGAUGGUUUCCUCGUCGGUGGUGCUAGCUUGAAGCCCGCAUUCGUCGACAUCGUCAACGCUCGUUUGUAA